CCCGGAGCUCAGAGUAGUUUCUCCCAGCGACCCGGGCUCCAGCCUGCGCCGGGUUCAAGCCGAAGAUCAUGAACCGCAGCCGCCAAGUGACCUGCGUGGCCUGGGUCCGCCGCGGCGUGGCCAAAGAGACACCAGACAAGGUAGAGCUAAGUAAAGAGGAAGUGAAACGUCUCAUUACUGAAGCAAAAGAAAAAUUACAAGAAGAAGGUGGAAGUGAGGAGGAGGAGUCAGGCAGUCCUUCAGAAGAUGGCAUGCAGAGUGCCGGGACCCAGGCACAGCCUGGGGAGCCCCUGGAGGAUGGGGACCCACAAGAGGACCGCACACUAGAUGAUGACGAGCUGGCAGAAUAUGACUUAGAUAACUAUGACGAAGAGGACAGCCCAGAUGCUGAGACCAUUGGUGAAUCUCUGUUGGGUCUUACAGUCUAUGGCAGUAAUGAUCAGGACCCAUAUGUCACCCUGAAGGACACGGAACAAUAUGAACAUGAAGAUUUCUUGAUUAAGCCGACUGACAACCUCAUCGUUUGUGGCCGUGCCGAGCAAGACCAGUGCAAUUUAGAGGUACACGUCUACAAUCAAGAAGAGGAGUCUUUCUAUGUCCACCAUGACAUACUCCUGUCUGCAUACCCUCUGAGUGUGGAAUGGCUGAAUUUUGAUCCUAGCCCAGAUGCAUCUACUGGAAAUUACGUUGCUGUGGGAAACAUGACCCCUGUCAUUGAGGUGUGGGACCUGGAUAUCGUGGACUCUCUAGAACCAGUCUUCACACUGGGAAGCAAGCUUUCCAAAAAGAAGAAGAAGAAAGGGAAGAAGGGCUCCUCAGCAGAAGGACAUACUGAUGCUGUCCUGGACCUUUCCUGGAAUAAGUCAGUCAGAAAUGUGCUGGCAAGCGCCUCAGCAGACAGCACUGUGAUUCUCUGGGACCUGUCUGUGGGGAAGUCAGCAGCCAGGCUCACUGCUCAUACAGACAAGGUUCAGACUCUGCAGUUUCAUCCGUUUGAGGCACAGACUCUGAUUUCUGGGUCCUAUGACAAAUCGGUGGCUCUGUAUGACUGCAGAGAUCCCAGCCAGAACCACCGCCUAUGGCGGUUCAGUGGGCAGAUCGAGAGAGUGACCUGGAACCACUUCUCACCGUGUCAUUUCUUGGCCAGUACAGAUGAUGGCUUUGUAUAUAAUCUGGAUGCACGCUCAAAUAAGCCAAUUUUUACACUUAAUGCACACAAUGAUGAAAUCUCUGGUCUUGAUCUGAGCAGUCAGGUCAAAGGCUGCCUUGUGACUGCGUCAGCAGACAAAUUUGUGAAGAUCUGGGACAUCUUAGGAGACAGGCCAAGUCUCGUUCACUCUAGAGACAUGAAAAUGGGAGUUCUCUUUUGUUCUUCAUGCUGUCCUGACUUGCCAUUUGUUUAUGCCUUUGGAGGACAGAAAGAAGGGCUUCGGGUUUGGGACAUAAGCACUGUCUCUUCAGUAAACGAAGCGUUUGGCAGACGGGAGAGACUGGUUCUUGGCAGCACAAAAGGUUUAUCUGUCAGGGGCCCCUGUGGGAGCAGGAGCCCACAGACACCAAUGGAGUCCUGACAAAAGCCACAGUUUCCUGGUGUUCUUACCUUAACUCGGUUUCAAAAAACUGGCCUAAAAAUGUUCACGCGCACCUACAACCAUAGAUGGAAACUCAGCUCCUGUUGCCGUUCCUCUCCACAGCCUUGAUGGCAGCCUGCAACCUUUGGGCUGCCUUCAACUGGAUACUGUACAGAGUUCUUGCAUUUCUUGAAAAUAAAGUUUUUUUAAAAAUGAUUCCUUAAA